CUUUAAAGAAAAUUUGAACUUGUGAAUGUUAAAGGAAGUACAGAAAUCAUAAUAAUUACAUCCUCCACUAUGAGUCAUCUACUUACAUCAAACAUUACUGAACUAUAUAGUUGUUGAGUUUAAGUGGUAUAAAAAGUGAUAUAUACCAUGUUGUCCUAGGACCUAAUCAAUUUUAUGUAAACGUUCAACAUAUUAGGAAGCAGCUUGCCCUAAACUAGACAUUUACUGUUAUUCAGAGAAAAAUAUACUAGUAUUAAAAGAAACAUCAUCUAUCUGCAGUAACGAAAAUGGCUCAUUCACAAUAUACCAUUGUGAGCUGUUUAUUAAUGGCAGUAUUUCUUGCAAUGUUUGGAACUAUCGGGCUCUCUCGCUGGAUUACCAUUCAUCAAUCACAUGGAGUUUCUGAAACUAUCAUGCUUGGCUUGUUACUAUCCCUUCAAGUAACAACAGUCAUACUUCUCUUUGUGUUUACAAGAGUGAACAGGAAUCAAUGGAGGUAUGUUCCCUGGAGGCUCUCUGAUACACAUGGAAUAACAAUCAUUGGCCUAACUAUAUUCCUCAUCGGGACAUUCAUCUACGAUAUCUUUAGAAUCAUCGCCACAACCGAGUGCCUUGAUGUUUAUCGCCAUUUCCAUGAAGAAUAUGUUGAGAAAAUAUUAGACGUCAUACUCCAGAUCUUCAAACCAUUGUUUUAUAUGUCUUCACAGUUGUUGUUUCUGAUGUGGUGUAACUAUGGUAACAUUCAGAACAAUCCAAACAUUAAAAACACCUCUGUGUUUAUAUUUGCAUCAGGGACAAAUGUGUUUGUCUGGAUCUAUUCAUUUUUGUUUGAAUCAAAAGGAAUAUUUUAUCAGAAAGAGAUUGAACACAACAUAACAAUGCUUGCCCCUGCUAUCCAAAAACAUGCAAAUGAAUGUCUGCAUGGGGAAAGUAGAAUGCAGAGAACAGAGGAAAGUGUGGAGAUUUAUCUUUACCCUGUUCAGCUAGAGUUUUGUAUCUUAGCAACCAGUUUGUUACUCCAUACUUGGUCCCAUAUAAAACACAGUCGUAUGAGCAUGCACAUUGCCAUGAUUGACUUUCCAACAGAUAAUGGUGAUGGUGGUUCAAAUGAUGAUGUGAAUAGACAGCAUGAUCUGGUUCAAAGGAAUUUUGCUCAAGAAAAUGAAGCAAGUGGAAACACUAAUGUAAUUGGUGGGACUGAUACUAACGCCCAACCAGGACAUACUGUGAAAUGCUACGGACUGUUAUGGUUCGCUGGGAUAUUCUUAAUGACUUUGAUGUUUAUAUUUGAGUGUCUUUUAUACGUUGAAACAUUCUACAGCAAAGCAAUCCUUGUUGUUACCGCCAUUAAAACACUUUAUGAUCCAUCUCUUGCGAUAGUAUGUGCGUAUGUAAUACACAAGCUAAGGAAAUCUGGGAAAAUAGAGCAGUAUGGUAAUGUUGAUACAGAAUGUGUCAUCAUGAUAAUUGCAUCCCUCGGCCUUAUCAUUGAUGCUACUUUCACCUACAUUUCGGCCUUUCCAACAUUAAUCUACCAAGAUGUUAAUCCAAACUGGGCAAAUAUAUGUAAAGAAUUUACAAUUAUUAACCACGAUUUAGAUAAGGAUGAAAGCAUCCGUCGAUUCCUGAUCAUUAAUGGUUUAUUGUUGGUAAGGCAGACAUUCAAACUCAUAUCAGUGUUGCUUCAAGUAUAUUUGAUCAUAAUAUUGAACUGCUUCUAUACAGGCCCCAUUGAUAGCUGGUUAUCUGAAUGUCUUGGAUUCAUGAUGAUGCUAAACUUGGGCCACUGGUUAUCUGACAGUAUUGUAGAGGUGAAGUUUAUGAAUGCCUCACCCGUACGUGUACAGUUCUUCGGAUGUGACAACUGGCUUGUCAUAGUUCACUUGUAUUUCAUUCUAGUGAUUUACUUCAGGUUCCACAGUGUGGUACUGCUAUCGGAACAUAUUAGGCAUAACAAGCAUGUAAAGCGGCAUGGACAACAUAAUGGCUAUCAACCCUUGGAUGGUGAUAAUAUCCAAAACGUGAACAACCAAUAA